UGCAAUCCUCACAAAUAAGCUACAGACAGUCUCCCCACCGAAAAAAAAUGGAAGGAAGUCGGUUCCUUGCAGCUUUGGCAGUAUCAUCAGUCUUGGCUUUGGUUUUCUCAAUGGCCUCUGCCUAUGAUCCUAGCCCUCUCCAGGACUUCUGUGUGGCAAUGAAUGACCCUAAGAAUGCUGUGUUUGUCAACGGGAAGUUCUGCAAGAACCCAAACCUCACUGUAGCUGAUGAUUUCUCUUUCUCUGGACUCAAUAUUCCUGGAAAUACUGAAAAUCGAGUUGGAUCAAAUGUCACCCUCUUGAACGUUGAUAGAAUACCAGGACUUAAUACUCUUGGUAUUUCUCUUGCUCGGUUAGACUUUGCACCCAAUGGCGGCUUAAAUCCUCCUCACAUUCACCCUCGCGCUACAGAAAUCCUAGUAGUCGUUGAAGGCACCCUUUAUGUUGGCUUCGUAACAUCCAAUCCUAAUCGCCUUAUUACUAAAGUGUUGUAUCCAGGAGAUGUCUUUGUGUUUCCGAUCGGUCUCAUUCACUUCCAGUUCAAUGUUGGAAAGACGAAUGCAGUCGCCUUUGCUGGUCUAAGCAGCCAAAAUCCUGGAGUUAUCACUAUAGCAAAUGCAGUGUUUGGUUCUAACCCAUCCAUAAAUUCUGAUGUUCUAGUUAAAGCCUUUCAAUUGGAUAAGAAUGUUGUCAACUAUCUUCAGAAGUUGUUCUGAGAUAGCAACCAUGCAUAAAUCAACCAUGCAUGCAUAAAACUUUCCAAUUAUAAUGAUCUGUUUACAUUACAUGCUCUGUAUUGCCAUGAGUAAGUAUUUAAUUAAAUAAAGAAUUAUUCUAAUUUUCGUUA